CCUUAUUUGAGCUCCAGGCAAAGACAAACAGAUAGCCUAACCAUGUCGGAUCAUACGUUCUAAUGGAGACGUUAAUACGUCCUGGAGACAUCAAAAAGUCUCUCAUUCUUUGGUCGUGUUCGUAUUUUCUGAGGAUAUCUAACUGCGUUCGGAGGUAUCCCCCGUCGAAAAGGAAUUUGAUAAUUGUGGGUGCAUGUUGUGUGUACUUGUUUUUCGUGGUUUCCCAGGUUGGACAUUCGUUGCUGCACCAGGAUAGACGGUUGGACAGACACCAGUACAAGAAGAGUCGGGGACUAUACACUCUGAGGUUCGAUGAUGAUAGCCCGUCAGAAACAGCCGACUCACCAACCGGUGCCAACGACGACUCUUUAUUAUCCUCGGUGGUUCCAACGCGGUCCAAUGUGGUGUACAUAACACUAAAGUCAAGGCGCAUUAAACCAGCUAUUAUAAGGGGAACAUUUAGACCGAAACUAAGGCGAAAAGCCAGGAGAACCAAACCCAAUGAGGGAUUUACGCAAAAUAAAUUUGGCACAUUGAAGAGGGAGGAAUGGAGACAAAAGCACAUUAACGGAAUCGAUAUAUCUUGGAAACAAAUUAACACCAUAAAUCAUGCAACACGGGGUGUAAGCUCGAAUUUAAAGAUGCAAACAGAACCUCACGUCAGUUCGAUCCGAAUAUACAGUGAGAGGGCACCGCCGUGGUUCAGCAAAGAGGACAUUAGUGCCAUGCGCUUUCUUGCUGAUUGUAAAAUUUCGCGCAUUCAUGAAGUGUCCCAUAAGGAAUCCAUCCCCCUCUUGCUGUUUGAAAGCACAUCACAUUUGUCCUUGAUCCAUUCUGACAAACAUAACGAUGUCAAGGACCAUAAAGUGUGUAUAGGACAAUGUGGAGUUAUCAAAAGUCCCGUAGACACGAGCGAGGUUUUCGCUUUCCAUUUGGAUAGGGUCUUGGGACUGAACCGAAGCGUGCCGGCUGUCAGCAGGAAGUUUCCGUUUGUACAAGGUAGGCCCAUUGUCCACCGACUAGGGUUGAAAAGCUAACGGUAAUUUCCCAAAGUUACCGUCAUCAUCAGUAAUUUUGGUAAUUAACAGAAUCUAUUGCAAUUUUGGUAAUUUAUACUUGAAUAACAACAAAACAAGUAUUCAUGUAUAGUAUUCCUUUAUUAUAUCUGUGUCCUUAUUGGCCAUGGGUUUGUUGUAGAUAGACCAUAUGGUUCAAGAGAAAAUAGCCUAAUUAUUGAAAAAAGCAUCUAAUCAACAAUGGCAUGAUUUUCCAAUUAACUCUGCAACUCUUCCAACUAUUGACUGUGUUCACAGCCGCCACCAGUUUGAAGUCAAAACAUGACAACAAAUAAAUAUUGACAUAGUAAAAUAAGUACAUGUGUGUAAAACAUAUAUAAAGGAUAUUUCAUGCUAAAACCCUCAUAUUUAACACCAAUGGUAUUCACCAACUUGAAGGUUUAUAUUUAGGAUAAUGAUUUACAGCUUUGUCAUUUUUUUUUUUUAAUCAUCUUAUUUAAUUAUUUCAUAUAAUUUACAUCUGAUAAGGCUAGUGAGAGGACCAGAGAUGAUUACAGACACUUGUGAUAAUCUGAAGUACCCAAAAGGGCCACUAGAUGUCUUGUGAUAGAUUGUUUUACCUUCUGUCCCUGCAGCAGUGAAGCGUCACUUACCCCUGUUUAAAGAUUUUGUCAAUGAGCUAAAGGCAACAUGGGAUUCCCCUCAUUCAGCCAGGCUGGUGCUACCAUGAAUGUAGAAGGUAUGGAGGAGGUGGAGCUCGUUUGCACACUGCCGAUGGCUGGAAAGUUAGCGAGUUACUUAUCUCCAGAGGCUAAUAAGAGGGCUAAUCCUAGCCCGGCGCUUCUGAAUAAACAGUGCCUGUUUUUCGGUGGAUCAGCAGUACAAAGUGUACCAGGCUGAGGUUGUGGUGGCCCGGUUGUUGAAUGUGGUCAUAAUGCUGCAGAUGUAUCAUAUUUAUUUGCUGCAGGAGCUGAAUAAUACCGUGGAGCUGGGGAAGCCGGUUUCAGAGGUUCUCGGCGUGGGUGAUGAGGACUGUGACGAGGGGGUAUGGUCUGCAAUUCGCUGUGCGUCCUCCUCCUUUUCGUGGCGUCAUUACGUCAAUGGUCCCGAGGUGCUAGCGUCUGUCUUGAGAGAGGAGAUUUCCUCUCUCCUUCAAAAGCAGGCUAUUCGGGUUGUCCCCGUGUCAGAAGUACAGCCGGUACUUCUUAGUUCCCAAGAGUGAUGGAACGUUGCCUCCCAUCCUGGACUUGCAUGUUUUAAACAAGCACCUCCAGGUUUGCAAGUUCAAAAUGCUCAGACUUUGCCGGCUAUUGCAGUCGGUGCGUCCCAGCGAUUGGUUCACAUCCAUAGAUCUGAAGGAAUGCGUAUUUUGUGGCUAUACAUCCUCCCCACAGAAAGUUUUGGAGGUUUCAUUUAGAGGGUGUGGCCUACGAGUUUCUGGUCCUGCCUUUCGGGCUCUCCCCUUUUCUAUGGUGGUGGAGGCGGCUUUGGAACCUGUGUGGUGCAGGGGAUCAGAGUAUUGGCCUAUCUGGACAAUUGGCUAGUCAUAGCGGAGUCGAGGGAACAGGUGGAGCUACACACUGCCACGCUGGUUUCGCAUAUUCAGUCUCUGUAGUUCAUAGUGAAACACAAGAAAAUUUAUUUUUGGCUCCAGCUCAGCGCAUUCAGUUUCUGGGUCUCGUUCUGGACUCGGUUCUGAAUCAUGUGCUUUUUUCCCAACAGAGGAGGGUCGCAUUCAGAGUCUGUCUGGCAUGGUUUCAGCUGGAGCACUCUGUGCCUUUUUGCUUGUGCCUGCAGUUAUUGGGUCUAAUGGCCUCUAUAGCUACUCCGAAAGAGGGAUUUGGUCAACAGCGCAAAGGGCGAUGCAUGUCAAUUACCUAGAGCAACUGACUGUUGCUUGCACUGAGGUGUUUCCUUCCGAUGUUGGAGGGCCAGCAUGUGUUGGUAAGGUCCGAAAAUAGGACAGCGGUAGCGUACAUCAACAGGCAGGGGGGGACGUGGUCUCGCUCUUUCCUAAACCUGGCCCGUUAUCUGCUCGUAUGGAGCAGUGCGCAUUUCCUGUCACUCAGGGUGACGUACUGUAUCUUCCCAGAUCUCUCAAUGUGGGUGCGGAUCUACUUUCCGGGGGGGGUCCUAUCUCUACGGAGAAAACGUGCAUUGUCGUCUGUUCUUCUUAAUGAGGGAUCUGUGCACUCCGUUGGGAACGAAAGCUUUGGUGUAUCAGUGGCCUCAGAGCCUGCUCUAUGAGUUUCCUCCGAUGGACCUGAUUCAGGCCACCGUGGAGAGGGUCCGUCAGGAGGGUCUGUUGUUGAUUUUGGUGGCUCAACGUUGGCCCAGACAACUCUGGUUUCUGGACAUCAUCCACCUGUUGGGCGGGAACUCGUUGGGAUCUAUUGUCCCAGGUGCACGGGAGAGUUUGGCACCCAUGACUGCAGAUAUGGGAUCUGUGGGUUUGGCCCCUGAACGGUUGAAUUUGGUCAUUAAACUGAUUUACACAUCAAUGUUAAGGUGACAUUUUAAUAGCAUGUAGGCUACGUCACAUCUAUCUUUUCCCAAAUCAGCAUUCCAGGAAUGUUGUAGCCAAUGUAAUAUUAUACGACCAAGCAUAUUUGUGAGCAGAAGUAUCAGCCCUGGUGCUAUGAAGCCUGCGAGGGCUAGCUCCUUUAGCCAGUAGCGCAUGCAGCUGUCCUCAUAAGUCUGUGGGAGAGAUUGAGUACACAGAAACAGAGGUGCAAAUGCAUAACACCAUGAUAUCAAUCCUCAAAGAGUAGGAUCUUUAAUCAUAGCCUUGCACUGGCUAUGUUUGGGCAUCAGCUGACGUUCUUUGUACAGCCGCCCUUGACCUGAAUUAUAUCUGUAGCCCUCAUACGUUUUUGUGGUGUCUGUAACCUCCUCAACAGGAAUACACUCAUGAGCCUUCGUCUUCCUCCUCCUCAGUGUUGUACGCUAAUGCUAGUGUAGCAGUGGUGAAUCAGUGAACUACGCAUGUGAGAUGACUAACCUUGUCUGAGAUGUGAAGAUUCUCUUUUGCUAGAGUCUAGAGUUAGCUUAAAGAGCCAACACUGACUUGGGUUGCACAUACGACUCGGGUUCGAAGCCUGGUCGGUCACACUAACAUUACCUCUGGAUCCCCCUCAUCUCACAGAUGGCCAGCCCUGCCCCGUGGUGCUGUGGGAUGGUUCCCUCUCUCCAGGGGACAAUGCAGAGGGCCAGUCCACUGUGAGGAUGACAUGGGGGGAGUACCAGAGCUCCCUCAAACGGAGGUGUUGGCACAGGAACGUCACGCCCAAGCCUAACUCGGGCUGCUCCAGCAUUCACCAUUAUGAGUGGAGCAAACUAGCCCUGUUUGAUUUCCUGUUGCAGGUACUGUACGAUCACACGUGUCUGGUCUUUCAAAUUAACUACUGUGUUAGAUUUCUUGAGAAGGAAGCUUGUCAAACUAGGAGAUACUUGGCAAUAGCAUAGGACAUCACUCCUUUGAGAUAAUAGCUUAAGUGAAUCCUGUUUGUCUACCUCCUCUUCAGAUAUACAGCCGACUAGACCGGAACUGCUGUGGGUUCAGGCCUCGUCAGGAGGACGACUGUGUGGAGCAGGGCCACCACCUGGAAUGUGGGGAUAUGGACAGUGUGGCACUGGCCAACAUCUUCCACAGGAGUCACGACCCCAGGCACUUGGUCUUCGCUGACAACAAGGGCUUUUUCGACCGCGACGAGGACAACUUGGACUACAGACUACUGGAGGGAAUCAAGGAGUGGGUAAACGCCGAAAUAUGUAGACAGCAUAGUGAAUUGAUCAUUAGUCGGAUAAUACAGUGAUUCUUCUGAAUAAUACUAUGGUCUUUGCAAUAUGACUGUAUUAUCUUACAGAAAUAUUACUGUACAGUGUGCAGCAUUUUUUAUUCUCACCUUUCAAUCAGCAACUAUCUACAAUGUACCCCCUGCAUACAAUUUGUAGUUGAUUCAGCUCUUAGUCUAGAGAUUCCUCUCUGUUGACUUCACACUGUGGGAAAAUACUGCAUUCUAACACGUAAUCGCAGAGUGCAUGCAUGUGUUAUGAAGUAUAUUAUACCCACCUAUAGGCAUGGUGACACACCCAGGGACACUCCCUGUGUUUCAUCUUCAUCUUGUGAUGAAUAAAUCAGUGGAACAAACCACUGGGAGGACCUAGCGGGGGGACUUUGUUAUGGCACUGACAGUUGUCAUCUCUCCUCUUACAUGACUUGUAGUGAUCUUCUUCAAAGUAGAGGCCUUUCAACUGGAUUUCACAGUAGUUAAAGAUUAGAAAGCCUGGCCUGGAUAAUGUACUCUAGGCAUGUGCAGAAUUAUAUUAUAUUACCUUGAAUUACAUUAUGCUAUUGUAGAAUUAAUGUAUUUUGUGAGUACAUCUUUUUUAAGGAAUACAUUAUUUCUUUGCAUUUGCAUUUAAAUGUACAGUAUAUGCAUAUGGAUCAAACAGUUGUGGUCAUAGAUUGUUAAACAGUUACUGACUAUCCAAAUAAAGUGCUACCAACUAGCCAAAUAAAGUGUUGCCAACUUUCCACCUAAAUUGUUACCAACUAUCCAAGUAAAUUAAGUGUUACCAACUUCUUCUCCACCUAGGCUCCCAGAACAGGCGGUGACCGUGUUGAUGAGCCAGAGGCUGAGGGAGAGGCUCCUCCAGUCACUGUUCCUGGAUCAGCUGUACUGGGAGAGCCAGGGAGGGCGGCAUGGGAUCGAGAAGCUCAUCGACGUCAUCGAGAGACGGGCCCAGGUUCUCCUCACAUACAUCAAUGCCCACGGCAUCAAAGUGGUGACCAUGAACGUAUGACAUCACAGGGUUUGGAAAAGGAGAGAAAAUUGAGAAAUUCAAUCAAACCAGCACUGUGGAAACCACGUAGCUCCUGUUUAAUUUGAAGGGAUGAGUUUUGUUUCACCCAGUUAACUGAUUGUAUUAUUUAACAUGUAGUAUAAUGUGGUCUAGAUAGAUCACUAUGUUGUUUGAAACCCACAAUUUGAAUUCCAGCCUAGAGAAGAGAUUUUCUCUUGAAGUCUGACACACAGUUGAGGUGCUCCGUUUGUGUCUCCUUAUCUUGUACUAAGAUAAGGACGUAGUACUGUAGAUAUGGACAUGGAAUUUGAUAUUCCGCAAAGACCAAGGCAGUUUUAUUUUUUAAAGUUCACUUUCCAAAAGCCAAAGAAACAACUUCCAUUCCUCAAAUCAAAAUAUUUGCCAGUGGAAGAACUACCAGGGUCUCGAGGGUUUUCACUCCAACAGGACAUACUGUAUUGGGCUGAUUUGGUAUCAAGCCAGAAUCUCACAGUAUCCCUUUAAGUAACAAGCUCUGAAUUCUCAAGCUUCAAGCUGAAACAUUACUCUUAGCAUUCAUUAUACAAAGUGGCUACAGUUCUGUAUUCAAUAACAGUCUUACUGUAGUCUUUCGGUUGUAUUGUUACUUUGUUAUUUUAAUAUCUAACGUUACUCAUCUACAGUAUAACUCUAAUACAGUAAACAAUCAUCUUUAGCAUUUCUUUGGGCCUUAUUCAUGUACCAUUGUAUGUAGUGCUCCUCUGACUUCACUUUACAGUAGCCUACUACUAUUUGAUGGUUUAACAUCUGUCUAACCUGCCAUAAGAAAAGGACGUUAGUUAGAAAUUAUUUUGAUAUUAUACAAAGUGUUUCAUUUGUACCGCUUAGGAUGUUAGUC